AUGGAUGCAAGUUUCUUCAUAUCUUUCUAUCUAUCUAUCUAUAUCAUCUUCAUCUAUCUAUCUAUCUAUCGAUCAAUCGAUGUGUCAAUGCCACCUGUUCAUUUCUAUCUAUAUAUCUAUCUAUGCAAAUCUAUUCCAAUCUAUUCAUAUCUAUCUAUGGAUGAAAGCUUCUUCAUAUCUAUCUAUCUAUCUAUCUAUCUAUCUAUCUAUCUAUCUAUGUGUCAAUGCCAGUCUGUUCCUAUCUAUCUAUCUAUCUAUCUAUCUAUCUAUCUAUGUGUCAAUGCCAGUCUGUUCCUAUCUAUCUAUCUAUCUAUCUAUCUAUCUAUCUAUCUAUCUAUCGAUGUGUCAAUGCCAGUCUGUUCCUAUCUAUCUAUCUAUCUAUCUAUCUAUCUAUCUAUCUAUCUAUCUAUCUAUCUAUCUAUCGAUGUGUCAAUGCCAGUCUAUUCCUAUCUAUCUAUCUAUCUAUCGAUGUGUCAAUGCCAGUCUGUUCCCCAUCUAUCAUAUCUAUUCAUCUAUCUAUCUAUCUAUCUAUCUAUAUGUGUCAAUGCCAGUCCGUUCCUAUUCAUUCAUUCAUCUAUCUAUUCAUCUAUCUAUCUAUCUAUCUAUCUAUCUAUCUAUCUCAGUCUGUUCCUAUCUAGCCAUGUCUCCGCAUCUGUCUAA